AUGCAAGAAGAACGGCCAAGUAAGCCUUUUGCUUCUCGUUCUUUGCCCGGUGAACACUCUUCACCAAAUAAUUUAUCCUCUUCAAUAUCACUAACUGCGAUUGUUGGUGCUGCUGUUGGUGGAGUUGCUGCUUUGGCGGCUACCUCUUCUGUUGCCUCUACUUUAUCAGUACCAUCACCAGCAACUCAGCAACAAAAAAAUCAUAACUCUCUCUCCUCCUCUUCUGUUAGUACAUCACAAAACACUACACUACUAAAUCCCCCUUCUACUGCACAUCAACAACACGAUCUCUCCAACCAUAAAUUCACUAGACGAACAAGACGUAGUCUCUCAACUUCGUCGAGUCAAAGUCUACUAAAGAAAAGUCUAGCACUGAAACCACGUACAAAUAACUCGACUAGUACAUCCACUUCUUCGACCACAAAUGACAGUGACACUAGUCAGCGUAGUUCUUUCGAAGAUUGCGAUGAUUACUCUACACCAGGAACCCCUUUCUCUACUUCAAAUUCUAACACAACAUCAGCGAGUAGUUCACUAAACUCACCACAUGUCUCUUCUCUGUCAUCCAACCAUUUUGCUUUCGCGCGUGACAGACAUCAUUCAUUAUUUGUGCUUUCCGCAAAAAACAAUUUAAUUAGUGGUAUCAACAGCAAUAAUCAAUCAGCAAUAUCACCAACGUCAUUAUCAAAUCCUCAUAACCCAUCAAUUCUCUCACCUUCCUCUUCAAGUAUAACUCACAAUAAUACUGUUUCAGUUUCUGGAAGUGGCCCACAAAAUAUUCCCGGUCAACAAAAUAAAUCACAAAGUCAAUUACAUCCCAUGCUUUUCCCUGCUUCUGCUCCUUCUUCCUCUCCACUGACGCACUCCAGUAAACCUCCGCUCACACAACUACAACGUAGUCCAAGUGGCGCAAAUUCUCAACUAAAACGGUUAUUCAAUUUGAAAUCAGAAAAUUAUGCUUCCAGUAAUUCUUCCCCAUAUUCCGAUUCAGAGACUGAAUCACUCGAAACAGAUUCUGAUCCAUAUAACACUAACGAUGAACUCUCGCGUUCUAUAACAUCAUCCAUGAAACGACGACCUUCAUUCCCAAAAUCUCCAACAUAUCGCUUCUUUCCAGAUUUAUCCGCAGAAGCUGAAGAAAAUCUUGUCAGUCAUUUGCAUAUAAUCGAUGAGCGUACUCCUGAAUUCGCUUUCCCAAAGGUGAAACCAAAAUUGUUAAAAGACUUGGAAGAGGCAAAAAAUCGUGCUGAUCAUGAAAUACGGAUUAUUCUGGAGAAUUGGCACCAAUCACAUCAGUAUCAAGAGCAAAUAAGCGAAUUGCUAUAUGAUGUCUGGAGUGACGAUGAUGACAAGCCUGCACCUACUAUAAAGCGUAAUAAUAGUCAACGAACAUUAAGCAAUAUGGGAAAUAACCCAUUAGUUAGUGAUACGGAUGAUGAAGCCUCUUUUGCUAAUGUGAAGAGACCUCAUAGUCUACUGAUUGCAGAGACGGCUCAUAGCAGUAGAAGUAAUAGUAUCAGUAGUCCUUAUGAUGAAGCUUUGCUUAUAUCUAAUUUAUUAAAAACGCCAACCGUUAGCGAGAUUAACAUUAAUAAUAGCAAUGACACCAAUAUCACCACAACUGUUAAUGCUAUAAGACCAAAGAAAAGUAUCGAAAGACGUAUGGUCCAUUCAAAUAGUUGGCCUCCUACUGUAUUAGCUUCAUCACACACUAUCCUUUUAACAAGGAUCGACAGAAUAGCACGUCGCAUCGUGAAAACACAAAUCCAUGACCUUAUCCACAGUAACAUAGCAGUUGAAAUCAUGAAAGAGCUCCAAGAAUUGAUGGAAUUACAACGAAAAAUGGCUGUAGGAAAUGCUGACGCAGAAGAGUUAUUGACGAAGCUGGUGUAUGUGUUUGCAGAUGUGACAAGGGCUGUUGAGGCUUUGAAUCAUCCCUUUGCCGAAACUAACACCGAAUUAUCAGGUGAUGGAGCAAAUGAUGGAGGUGCAACUACAACUUCAGAAUGGUCUUCUGUCCCAUCACCUCUUCCCUCACCAUCUUUACCCCUAACGCCAAUCACGCCUCCGUUUUAUCCACCACCGACCCAAAUACGUCGCAAAUCGUCAGCUUCGGAAAUUGUGGAAACUCUAAAUGCUCCCACCGGAACUUCUACCACGGCAAACAGUGGUCAAAAAUACAUGUCGUUACUCCCUCCCGCUCCAACGUAUUCAUCACCUCUCGCUCGUCAUAUGUCGAUCCCAUCUCCAAUAAUAAAUAGCGUAUCUUUUAACAGUUUAAAAUUUGAUCAAAGACGCGCUUCCGCAAACGAGGCUAUUUUUGAGAGCCCUAUAAUGUAUGUUCCGCCUCCACGGCCUAGUAUGGAUGAUAAUAUGAUGACGUGGAACAGCUUAAUGCGAAAAGAGGUUGAACAGUAUUUGCAUGAAGAGAUGAAUCGUGAAAUUGAUUUUGACAUCUUGCGUAAACAACAUAAUGGAGAAGCAGAACCGAAAAAGUCGAAGAAAAAGGGGCGACCAGUAAUGAAUUUCUUCAAAUCAUUGAAAAAUGCAUUUCACAGUCCAACUUCAUCUUCAAGCACAUCACCUACUGGUUCACCAACCAGACAAGCCAUCAAUUCUGGCAAUAAUUUAGUCCGAAAUAAUCAUCUAACACGUCCAGCUGAAAAAACUCGCUCCUUGUCGGUUGAUGCGAGUGCUUUCUCGCUUUCUCGCCGCUCUUCAGCUCUCUCACUAAAAGAAAAAGGAGGAAUCCCUGCUAGUGUUGGAGCAUUGGACACACGGUAUCUUAAUAAUCCCCUACAAAAUCACACAGCCACAAAUUCACUUUCACUCAAUACAGCAUCUUCGAGUGUCGCGACUCCUGGUAUGUUUAUGCCGCAUGAUUAUUUUUUGUGCAGAAUUUGUGAAGAAAUGAUCCCAAGUCAUGAAUUGGAUGUGCAUUCGGAGACUUGUGCGAUUACGACUGAAUAUGCAAUUCGGCUACAGAAUUGCGACGGUCGAUUAAAGAAGUUGGUCGGUGAUGUGGCCAAGAGAAAAGCAGAGAUUAUGGAUCGAAAUACUCCGUAUCGUGACUACUAUAAUGUAAAUGAUGCACAAACUAUGGAACACAUCGGCAUAAAAGCUGCCAACAUCAAGGAAACCUCGAAUCGUCGUGAUGCGUUACGUAAAUGCGAGAAAUAUGCCAAUAAAUUAGCGCGUUUGGUUGAAGAGAUGGAAAAGAAUACGGCGAGAGAUGAUCAUAUUUUAACUUACGGAAAACGAUUGUUGCAUGUUGUGCAAGAGAAAAGCGAAACUCUUCGAUCAUAUUUUGAAAAACUCCGUUCAAAAAACGCAGUUUCAGGCGUAGCUGUAUCCAUCCCAGCUCCCGCGUCCUAUCCUUUAUCAACAUCUUCAGGCGACAAAGACGUUUCUCUAAAUCUUCGCCCUCCGUCAAAAGAUAAAAUUGCCAGAAAACAGUCGAUGCAAACUAAAAUUCUAUCUACGUCAGCCUCACAAUCUUCAUCUAAAGGAUAUUUCGGUCAGGGAAGAAGGAGUUCGAAUGCUGAAACUGUGAAUAAGGAUAUAUUGGGCGGAUUAGGAAGUAAUCUUGGACAUCACAGGAGACAAGAUAGUGCUGGGAGUAUGAAGAGUUCUGCCGCAUAUGAUUCUGAUUACAUACUACCAGCACCAUCAAAGGGUGGUAAAACUUUGAUGUCGCUAUUUACUGCUGUUUUAAGAGGUGGAAAUAGUAGAACAGCAAGUACGACUUCUUUGAAUAAUAAAGAUGGUGGAAAUGUACAAUCAUCUGCGACUGGCGAUAAGAUGGGCUCAAAAACUAAAAUCCCAAGCAUUCAAGAUUUUGAAAUCAUUAAACCGAUAAGUCGCGGUGCAUUUGGUAAAGUUUACUUGGUGCGUAAGAAAACUACCGGUGAUUUGUACGCCAUUAAAAUUUUGAAAAAAGUUGAUAUGGUUCGCAAGAAUAUGGUGAAUCAUGUAUUAGCAGAAAGGAGGGUUCUAAGUUUAUCGAGGACGCCUUAUGUUGUCAAGCUGUAUUACGCAUUUCAGAGCCAAGAUUAUUUAUAUCUGGUUAUGGAAUAUCUUAUUGGAGGUGAUCUUUCGUCCUUAUUACAAGUAUUUGGCACAUUCGAUGAAGAGAUGGCACGAAUGUAUACAGCUGAAGUAGUGCUAGCGUUGGAAUAUCUUCACUCUAACGGGAUAACACAUCGAGACUUGAAACCGGAUAAUAUGUUAAUAACUUCAGAAGGUCAUAUAAAAUUGACAGAUUUUGGAUUAUCGCGAAUCAACAUCCCCGAAAAGCCUUUUGUGAAAGAGGAGAGCGGCAACUCGAAUACCACCAAUAAGAAACCCUUCCCCAUAAAUUUCCGAGGCGGAAGUGUUGAUGCACGAACAUCAGCCAAUCCGCGUCCUAUUUCUGCGGUGUUUACUGACGAUAAUAAUAAAUACGGAAAAAACAAGGCUGUGAACUUUCUUCCAAACGAAUCUGGGAAAAAAGAUCAAAGUAAACCUAAUAGCAAUGAUAAUAACAGUAUUCUCACAUCUUCGUCGUCAAAUAGCUCGUCAAAAAUUAUUAGUAAACGACAAAAUCGACAAAGUUCGAAAGCAUUAUUGGGAACACCGGAUUACUUAGCACCAGAACUAUUACUUGGUAUAGGACACACAACAGCGGUAGAUUGGUGGUCAUUGGGAGUGUGCUUGUUCGAGUUUUUGUGUGGUUAUCCACCGUUCAUGGAAGAGUCUCCCGAAGCCAUUUUCAAAAACAUUUUGCAACAUGCAAUUCAGUGGCCAGAGGAAGGCACAUUAUCAGAUAAUGCUCGAGACUUGAUAUCGAAACUUCUGACUCGUGAACCGGAGAAACGUUUAACGGGCUCCGAAUUAAAAGCACAUCCGUUCUUUGAUGGAAUUAAUUGGGAAAAUAUUCGAAAUCAACGUGCUCCAUUUGUUCCAUCGCCUAAUGAUGAGCAAGACACUAGUUAUUUUGAUGCGAGAAAUCAACGUCCGGAUAUAAGACGUUUAUCGGCUGGGAAUAUCGAUGAUAUUGCUAGUGGGAUGAUGAUGAAACCUGGUGAUCGAAGAUCCGGAGUAUUUGAUGAUAGUAAUUCUACUAAUAGUGGGCCAGUGUCAGGAAAUAAACCGACAACAAUCAUUGCUACUUCAGUGACUACCGAACCAUUAGAUUUACAAUUCGCCACAUCAACAGCUUCCCAGUCCCGUGCUAAACCCGAUUUAACGAUAGAUACUCAUCUUCGACAGAAACGCUCAUUCUCAAAGAAAAAAUCCAAGAAAAAUCUAUCCACUGAUGAUGUUACACAAACACAGCAAUUUGCUCAAUCACAACUCACUCCUGGAAGUUCAGGAACAUCAUCUACCUCGUCACUAGGUGUCAAAUCCUCGGCACAAAAGCGGCGUCCAUCACUACUGAAACUUACUUCCGCCCGGUCUCGUAAACAAUCGAUUAGCGGAGCCCCCGAGCUCUCGGCCACCUCAUCUACAUCAGUAACACCGACAACCGCGACUGCAGUUCCAUCUUCGGCUUCGUCACUUUCUUCGCCCUCAUUUAAUUCAUCGCGAAGAUCAACACUUGCAGGAGGCACAUCUCCUGUAUCGCAUAGUAAUAAUUCAGAACACGGAAUUAUUGAUGAUGAGACGGAACGUUUGAAAACGUACUUAUCGACAAACCAAGCAAGCUCGCAACAUCAGUCAGAUAACGAGUUCGAUGCGUUUCUUUACAAGGUUUUGGGGAAAAGAUACAUUACCAGCAGUAGCAGCAGCAUUAAUGUUAACCCCGUUGGAAGUUUACAGCCAAAUGAUAAUAAUUCAUUUAAAAGUAUUCCAAAACCAAAGGAAGAACAACGUCAAACUAUAGUUUCACCCAUGAACUCGAUUCUUGAUGAAAAAGAAUCGGAAAAAACUAUCCAAAGCAAAUUCCAUAGCGUGGCUGCACAAGCAUUUAAUUUCUUAGAGUCAGAAUUGAAUACAUUCUUCUUCAUAAUGAAUAACGAAAGAGAUAAAGAAGUCAAUAAUUACAAAUUAAUGUCAAAACUACUAUUUGAUAAAUUUCACGACAAUUACUAUAUGCAUGAUUUUUACGCUGCCUUCAUUUCGAGACUGUUAAUUCGAUGCGUGAACGCUGGUCAUAAAGAUAUUAUGUACCUGAUUUUUGCGCGAUUCAUUCAACGUACUAUUUACAAUGAUGAUGGCCAACCACAAAAAAAUCGACUAUAUCCCUCUGCUCAUGUGAUUAAAGUUUGGAAUACUGCUCUAUUUCUUUUUGGGCGUGAUAAAAUGUUCAGUGAACUAAGAAACGUGAUUGAUACAAUGGAGUUAUAUAAAAUAAAACCUGAUACGAAAACAUCGGAAAUAUUGUUGACAACAUAUGCUAAAUCCGGAAAACCUGAUCUCGCUUUCUUUUACCUUCAAGAAAUAUUAAUGAAACAAAAAAAACCGACUGUCGCUAUUGUGAAUGUAUUAUUAGAAUCAAUUUUGAGCGACUCGAAAUCUUCACGUAACUCGAAAGAUAAAAUCGAUAUUAUCAAAAGUUUAAUGCGGGAAUCAGGGCUGAGACCAAAUGGGCGUACAUUGGAAUUAUUUUUACGGCAUACAAGAUCAUUUAUGGAAAUUGAGGAUGUUUGGCAGAUGGUGAUUAAUUAUAAAUUGCAACGUAAUCAAAGCGUUCAUUUGGAAUUGGUCAAGGCUUGUUUGCGAUUAAUUGACGUGAAAGUAAAACUUAAAAAUUAUCAGUCAAAACGAAUUGAAGAGAUGUUUGCAUGGUGUCUGGAUUACUUCUUGAGAUUUGAAAGAUAUUUGUUGCCCGAUGAUAAAAAGUCUAUUUAUAUUUAUAAUUCACUUUUUGAAGGAUGCGCAAAAUAUAAUCUCGUCGAUAGGGGAAUACGAUUAUUCGAAAAUAUGGUGUGCAAUAAUUUCGAACCAAAGAAAAAUGGAUAUACAUUUUUUCUAAAUGCAUUGGGAAAAGGACAUAAUCCCGCUGAAAGUUUCUUUACAUUAUCAUUUUCGACACCUAUUACUAAUAAAAAAAGUACAAAUCAAGAAAUACGGCAUUACAGUUAUUCGGAACGCAAAAUCGUUUGGCAACUUUUGAAUAAAUUGAGUGAAGAAGAAUCGAUUGUACAAAACGUUUCAAAAAAUCUAUUCAAAGCUAUAAUAUUAGCAUUGGGACGAGUUGGUGAUAAGUCUACGACUAUGGAGUUAUUUGAUUUUUGCAUGGCAAAAGAUUAUCAACAUCAGCUUCGUUAUAAUCUUGAUCAAACCAAUGAAAGGUUAGGUGGUAUCACGAAGAAGGCACGAAAUAUUCAAAUGGAUGUGUCAUUAUCAAAUACAUUUAUGCAAGCGAUCUCUUCACCGACAUACGGAAAUAAUGACCAUUCUGAUCCAUAUUUCACAUUAUCUCUUUUUCGACGGCUACCUCACCAUUUGAUACAUCCCAAAACCACUUUCGAAUUAUUGUUCUCGAGCAUAAAUAGCAAAACACAUUUAUCCGAAUUUUUGAGUCCAUUUAUUGCUGCGAUUUUACACUAUUCCAACAAUAGCAAUGAUAAUAAUAAUCUCUCAUCAACUUUAUUUUUUGAUGAUAUCAUAGAAUCUUCAAUUUGGCGGAUAAUAGGUGGAAAAAAGUACAAACUUUUAAAAAAUAAAAAUAGUAAUAAUAAUUAUCCCUUACCAUUAUUAGAUCCAACAACUGAAGCAUCAACAAGUAACUAUCAACUAGCAAAACGCGAGAUUAUUCUGGAUGCAAUUGUAAAAGGUAUUGUUAAAGAAGUUAGGAAUAUACAACAUAAUAUAGAUAUUUCUGAAUGUAUCGAUUUAAUUGAUGAUUGGGUAUUAAAACAAGAAAUAUAA